UUAUUUUAAGAAAUGGCACAGAUUUACUCUGUUAUUGCUUUUAGGUCGAUCUUUCUCUCCUGUACAGGCGUGUGAGUGAACGUCUAGCAGACGGGCCCAGGGCGUUCUGUUGCGUCUGCUACGUCUGAUUCUAGAUCUCAUCGAUUUUCAGUAAUCCAUUAUAGUAAAACCCUGACCAGAUCACUGCGUGCCGUGAAAGCAGACUGAUCUCAUUCUUGAGACGGUGUCUCUCUGUGUAUAUCACAUAUAUUUCAUACAGAUUCUCUACCCACUGUUGCCGUGGCUGGUGUUGCUGUCGGUGCUGGUGUGACCGGCGACGCUGUCUCUUCCUUGAUGGUUGGUUGUUGACCCGUGGCACACUUCCGAGAUUCCCUGAAAUCAUUCUUUGAAACUGAACACUCCUCCAUGGAAUGGAACAAGAAAUCAGAACCGGUGGAUCAGGAUGAGUACCAGGAUGAAGAGAAGAAACCUGUUCUCACCAUCGACACGUCGGAGACCGUCCGGUUAUACAAGAGGCGAUGGCUGAUGCUGGCCAUAUUCUCCUUGUUUUCUUUGAGCAGCGCCUACCAGUGGAUCCACCUGGGCAUCAUCGGAAACAUCAUCGUCAGCUACUACAAUUCCAGCCUCCCCGAGGAUCGCUUCCAACAGGACACGGUCAUUGAUUGGCUGUCGCUUAGCUACCUCGUCUGCUACGUUCCUUUCAUCUUUCCUGCCAUGUGGCUCCUCGACAAGAAGGGGCUGAAGGUGAAUAACGUUGUUGGGACCGUGCUGAACGCGGUAGGCGCGUGGCUCAAGUGCGCAAGUCUGGGGACCGAUCGGUUUGCUGUGUUGAUGAUAGGACAGAUCGUCUGCGCAGUAGCGGAAGUGUUUGUCGUCAGCAUUCCGCCCCGGCUGGCGGCAGUGUGGUUUGGUCCCAAAGAGGUCUCCACGGCAACAUCAAUAGGAGUGUUCGGAAACCAGGUUGGGGUGGCUAUUGGUUUCUUGUUGCCGCCCCUCCUUGUGCCCAACUCGCAGCACCUGGACGUGGUCAGUGGCGGUCUCUCCGUCAUGUUUUACGGCGGUGCUGUCGUAUGCACGGUGAUCUUAUUACUAAUGCUAAUAGUGUACCAGAAAGAACCGCCACUUCCUCCCAGCCGAGCUCAGAAAUUGGCGAAACAGGUUCUGGUGCAAAACAAUUAUUUAAUGUCUCUGAAACGGCUUGUGUCGAACCCAGGAUUUGUUUUAAUCGCUAUAUCAUAUGGUAUCAAUACAGGUGCGUUUUACGCAAUUUCCAUUCUACUCAAUCCUAUGGUGUUGUUUUAUUUCCAGGGAGAGGAACAGAGUGUUGGGUUGAUCGGACUGACGAUAGUACUAACUGGUAUAUGUGGCGCAGUGGUCGCCGGGAUUUGGUUGGACAGAACACGUACCUAUAAAUCUACGUCCACAGCUAUAUACUUCCUGGCGUGGGCCGGAAUGCUGGCCUUCACCGUUAUUCUCUACUUCAACCUCGGUCACAUUUGGCUAGUAUUUCUGACGGCCGGGUUUCUUGGGUUUUUCAUGACUGGCUACCUUCCUGUGGGUUAUGAGUUUGCGUCAGAAAUUACUUACCCGGAAUCAGAAGGGACGUCAUCUGGCAUCUUGACAGCUUCCGCCAUGUUCUUUGGCAUCGUGCUGACUCUGGGAAUGAGAGCGAUGAUGAAUGGAGUCAGUAUAUUGGCGGCCAACACGUUUCUGACGAUAGCUCUUUUUGUAGGCGGCGUUAUGACAGCACUUGUGAAACCCGAUUACAGACGACAGGAAGCAGAAAAAGAGAUCAUUAACCACUUGGAUCAUAUAGGAUUUACCGUGAUACCUGACGAAAGUGUAGAAAACCCACCAUUGAAAUGAAAUGACAUGGAAUAUUGACUGGAAUAAUUUUAUUUCAUCUAGUACCACUGUGUCAAGUAGUCUUUUGCUUGGAACAUGUAUGAGGUACCUGUAAAAAAAAAGUACUCAAAUUUUGUGCGUGUUUGUAAAAACAUCUAGUUAUACCGAAACAUAAGCCCUGAAAGAUACCAUUUUCUUCAGUUAAUACUUUGAGGUAGGGGUUGUAGUACUGAUAUUUAUGGGUCAUAGUUUGGUUGAUAUAUUGCAUAUAGUGUUUUUAAACACAAACGUUAACAUGGCCGCCUAUGGGAUUUUAUUUGGUAUAGUCGUACCUAUAAACGUUUAAGAGUACACUGAAUCUCAAAUAUCGUUACACUCAUGCAAUUUGUAUGGCGUUGCUAUGACGAUAAAGUCUCGAGUUCAAACUAAACGUUUUCUAAGCGCCAAACCAGUAUGCGAUAGCUGUGACCUUGUGAAUAAGUAAACAUUACACAAGAAGACGGACGAGGUCAUAAGCGCCGGGGGCAAAUUUCACAAAACAUCGUAAGUUACGUCUGCGACUAGCAGUUAUACCGGUCAUAUAUUGGUGUCUAUUUCACGAACAAAAUGACAUCAUUCCGGUGAAAAGGAGUAUUUGUCGGCUACAACGAAAUAAUCUAGACUCGGUAUGCAGGACCGUACACUCCGGGGGGCGGGGGAGGAGGGGGCGAGGGGCAGUUGCCUCCUGAGAAUUUCACUUUUUUUUUUUUUACUCCAGAAAAUAGCAUACACAUAUCAAGGUUUAAUUGUAUAGUGUUUCAUUUGUUUAUAAAAAGUAGUGCCCUGACACCCCUAGGAUUUUGAUCAGGGUACGACCCUGGUAAGUCGACUGCAACGAAAGAAUCUAGACCCAGUAUGUCGGCUGCAACGAAAGAAUCUAGACCCAGUAUGUCGGCUGCAACGAAUCGGCUGUAAUGUAAUUGUGCUGCAACCGGAAUAUUUGUGCCCUGAACUAAUGUGUGUCAUUGUCGGUCAAAAUACGCAGUGUUUUACGGGACUUUUAGUUUAAAUACAUCACUUGACCAAACCUAACCUGAAUAAUCUGCGGUGCUAUUUGAAAAUAAGGAUUUGCGGUGGGGUAGGGAGGUGAGGACGUAGUGAGAUAAGUAUUGAGUGCUUUAUAUGAAAAUGCCAGUUCGAGGGGUGGGGGUAUCUAGUCUGUGGCAAGUGAAGUCUUUAGGAGUCGGGGUCAUGCUCCCCUGUAAAAAAAAAAAAAAAAUUGAAAGAAAGUUUCUCCGGAGCAGUGUGGUUCAACCUCCACCCGCACCCACCCCAUACCCCACC